ACUUACAGAAAGUUGAACAACUUAGGUGGGUGUCUGGGUCAGAUUGGAGUUUUGAAAUUAAUUUAGGUGGGUGUAUGGAGCAAAACUGCAACAGGAGGUGCGGGAGGGCCGCCGCAGGUGCCGUACUGUUUCGGGUAAUCUGUGUAAGAUAAGCCUGCCAUUACUAAUGUCACCCUAUUAAUUACUCAUCAAGUCACUUAAAUACCUCCUUGACUUCAUCAUACACCAUCAACGAUUGAGUACCACAAAUAUUACACUCCCCUUCAUGUCUUUAGAAUCUACCGCACCACCAUUCGACACCACCAAAAAGUACCACCACACCCAAACUCCCAACCCACAGUGGACCCCGGGCUCUGGUGCUAGCAGCACUGGUACCUCGAAAAAAAUCGAAUUGGACCCGUAUGCCUCAGACAGGUCUCCAGUAGACAACUACAAACUCCUUGUUUCUGCUGUCACCCCUCGUCCCAUUGGCUUUGUGUCCACUAUCAGUGCCAAUGGUGACCGCAACUUGGCUCCAUUCUCGUUCUUUUCCACGGCACAUUACGACCCACCCAUUUUUACGGUGGGAUUCUGCAACAAUCAAGGCGGUGCACAAAAAGACACUUUGGUCAACAUCUUACAAACCAAGGAGUGCACCAUCAACAUUAUCUCCGAGUGGUUUGUCGAGGCAGCCAACCACACUUGUAUCGGUGCUCCGUACGAGGUGGACGAGUGGGAGUUGUCUGGGUUGACUCCAGCCAGUUCUACUAAAGUUAACGCUCCUCACGUCGCGGAGUCUGCGUUUUCAGUCGAGUGCAAGUUGAUCCAUAGCCAUGAAUGGACUUCCAAAGUGAACCCAGACAGCAAGACAGGAGUGUUGUGUAUAUUUGAAGGUAUAAACUUCCAUAUCGGUGAAGCGGUGAUCAAUGAGGAGAGGAAUUUAGUGGAUAUUGCCAAGUUGCAGCCAGUAUCGAGACUUGGAGGUAUGAGCUACGGAAGAACCACCGAGGGGUAUGAGCUUCCAAGACCGGACUAUACCCCAAGAGACUCGUAGGGAGCUGGUGGAUGAGACCCGUGGGACUCGUAGAGGAUCUGACCGGUACUGCCCAAAAUACAAAAUUUUAUAUAUGCAUACCCUCAUUAGCGACCACAAAAACUGGGCUCAUCUUGGAAUUAUGAUCCACAGAAACAUUAAUUGUUUAUAGAUCAGUAAAUACUUCUGACCACUUCGUUAUGGUGGGACCAAGUUAGGUGUUUAUGCGGCUCAUCUAAGAACUCGGUUGUUCGGGUGUUGCACGAAACCUUUCGAGCGAUUCAACUUUUCGUUCACAGCGGUGAAAACUUUUCGCCUAAAAUAAUUGCAUAAUCAUCAAUUUGACCAAAAGGCCCAAACUUCACCAGGACAAUGACACAUACCUCAUUAUUUACCUCACAGAGCUAUACGCGUCUACCGUCUCCACAUCACCCACAAUCGAUAUGAAUACCUGCAAAUCAUGUCGUGCCCUGACCGCAUAUCUAACCUCUUCGCGAUUUUCCUCCAGACCUACAGGCUCUUCCCCAAGCUUGCAGCUACUCUGAUUGUAUUAUAUGGACCCCCUCCGUGCCAAUGGCGAAGAGAAUCAGUUUGUUAGACAAAAAGGAGAUCAUCCGGUUCCACAAGAUCCAGGCGUCACGCGAUCCCCACCACAAACAAACCCAUACCAUC